AUUUUUUAUUGUAUCAUCUCGAAGACCAAUAAAUAUUGUUAUAGAUGUGACUUUAUAAUAUAAUCUUAAGUACAUUGUAUGUAAAAGUUUAAAAUAAGUAGUAUGAAAUAUGAUAGUAUUUGCUAAAGCUACGAAAAUUCGAAUACAAAAUUACAACAUCGUAUUUCUUUACAACAAUAUAUUCUAUGUUAUUGAACCGAAGUAAAACGUUUGUAAUAAUUUACAAAUAAUUAUUUCUUAAAAUAAGUUUUAUACGAAUUGAAUUGUCAUAAGUUUCUGCUACUUUUAAUAACAUUAGAUAAAAGCGGAUUAUGAUAAAUCGUUUUCGUCGAACGAAUCUAAUUUACAAUUUGUGAACUGAUAGAUUAUUAACAAUCUUAACGAAUGUCGCAUAACAUUGAUGUGAAGCUACAAGUAAAACUGUAUUAUUAAUUUCUUCUUUCUUAAUGCUGCUUCUAUGUAAUACGUAUUAUUAUCCAUCGACAUAAUAUCAUAUAGAUAAAGAAAAAACAGAAAUAAUUUCAAUUUAUAUGCAAUAUCCUAGUGGAUUGUCCAUUGUCUCAUAUUUGAAAUACAUAUUUAUAUAAAUAUUAUUAUUUUCAAAUUGUAUAACACAUUAUCUGCUGUAUCCUCUAUUUUUAUUAAAUUACUAUUGUACGACUAUAUUAUACAUUAGUUUUAAAAUAUAAAUGGAAAACAAUGAAUGGUAGACUUUUAAAUGAUAACUUGGCUCAAUAAUUAUUGGAGUCAUUAAGUACCCUACGAUAAAUGAAAACGACCACAAUAUUUUGAUGUAAUACAAUAUACUUGUAUGUAUAUAUACUGGAUAUAUUAAUUUGUAUAACUAUCUGCUUGAUAUAAUAAAAUCUGUAGAAUUAUUUAAAGUGUAUGGAUCUUAAAUAUAUCAAUAUUUCAAGCUGAUUGGUCGAGUAAUGGUAUAUACUACACUAGUACGUGAAUGGUUGGUUCUCUCAAUGCGCGUCAUAUUGUGAAAAUAGCGAUCUCUGGUGUUAGAGAGAAACAACAGUUGAGUCGUUUUAACAAAGGAGGAAAAGGGAGAAUAACGAAAUCAAGUCUUAUUCUAAAAGAGUUCAUUGCAAAAGGUAAUCAUCUGUCUGAGAAGACUAUCGUGGAAGGAGAAGAUGGCCGAGAAAACUUCGAGUUCGCCGGUCGUAAUAGCAGGCUCAGGGACUGGAAGUUCAGCGAAUCAACAAACGAAUACGAGUACGUCUACAACGAGAAGGAAUAUGGUACCCAAGACUAAGAAGCCACGUAGCAAACCUACUCAUCCACGUACACCGGAUAUGGUGACCGCAGCUAUAAAAGCUUUGAAGGAACGUAAUGGGUCAUCUCUUCAAGCUAUCAAGAAAUAUAUGUCCACGACGUAUAAACUCGACAUAGAGAAGCAUGCACCUUUCAUAAGGAAAUAUUUGAAGAGUGCAGUAGCAUCCGGCGCAUUGGUACAGACUAAGGGAAAAGGUGCGGCAGGUUCUUUCAGAUUAGCCUCGUUAAAAAGCGAUACGACCAAGUCCAAGUCUAAAAAGUCAAGGACUAAGAAACAAGUGGCAAAAAAGCAAACGAAGAAAACAACCAGCUCGAAAAAGGCGAGCACUGCUUCAGCAAAAACGAUAGCGAGUACGGCAGCGGCAGCGGCAGCAGCAGCAGCAGCAGCAACGACGACCGCGGCGAUAACGGCAACGACAACGUCAGGUAAAAAAUCACCGGUGAAGAAACCUGCGGUAACAGCAGCGGUCAGUGAAAAACGUAAAACGGCGAAGGGUCCAGCUGCUAAACCACCGAAAGCUAAAAGUGCCGUUCACCAAAUUUGGUCGAAAUCUAAAGUCACCAAAGCGACGCCGAAAAAACAAGCGGUAAAAAAGGCGACGACGGCGAAACCAAAGAAAGCAACUACGAAGAAGGUAGCAGCGAAGAAAAAGUGAGCCAAUAAUCUAGCAUCAUCCACAUCGGGAUAGUUACACUCGAACGGUCCAUUUUAGGACCAUCGCGUUCCUAAUCAAACGCAAGGAAAACAAAGUUGAUACUUCGGCGCGAUUUGUAUUUUGAAUAUGGCGCUGUUCCCGUUCAAAAGGCAGGCGGAGUCGAAGGUGCAUCCAGUUUUGACGUUUCUAUUGCGAAAGAACGAAAUUUAAUCUAUACCGAGAGACUUCUCUUUCAUAAUCCUUCUCUCUCUCUCUCUCUCUCUCUCUCUCUCUCUCUUUCUCUCUCUCUCUCUCUCUCUUUUCUCUUAUCAUCCUUCUUCCUUUACAACAAGCAGACAUUUUUGUUUUUUCUUAUUUCGCAAUCUGCAUUACAUUCACCCUUUGAUUUUUUGUUAAUUUUUGUUUUUUAUGAAUCACUCGUCAUUUAGAUGUGUCUUAUUAAGUCAGAAUUAAGUGAAUUCAUUUCAAAUUUGCGAUAAAUAAUGAUCUUGCUUGUAGUUGUUUCCGGUAACGAUAAGUCCUACCUAUAUAUUAUUAUAUAUAGUUAAUAAAGUUAGAUUAUUAUUGUCGUUAAGAACAAGGAUAUGUUGCACUUAGCGAUCUUAUUAUUUCUUUUUCGUUUCUCUUUCUUUCUUUUUAUUUUAUUAUCAAACACGUAACUCAAGAUCGUGUGAAAUCAGAACAAGUUACGUUUCUGAGUCGCCAUUAUUUUUGAUUAUAUAAUACACGAGGUAUUCACUUUGUUCUUUAUAUUUUGUAAAAGAAUAAAAAAGAACAAAAAGAUAAUAAUUGUAAUACUGUCGCGUUGGUUAAUUCAUGAAAGUAAGAUAUAAGAAUUUAUUUAAUUUAUUCGAUAUAUAUAUAUAUUGUUGUUACGGCUUUGUGUCUAUCAUUUAUACAUUAUAUUUAGAGAGUUUAUUAAAGGUUUUAAUAUAAUAAUGAUCUUUAUUAUUUAAUG